AUGGCGAUCGCGUCUCGCAGCCUUCAGUGUCUAAGACACUUAGAGCAUUUAGCAGAGGAAGCGCAACAUUCGGACGGUGAAUCCGCGCUGCCAGCCUCCGCAGUGGGGGAUGAACUUGGAAGGUUCAAGAUCUGGGCGGGCAAUAUUGGAGCGUUACAAAGAGAUUCAAGAUCUCUCGACUAUCGACUCCGUGACGCGUCUCAGGUAGGGGACCAGGUCAUGAAAGUCUUGCAAGAUCUCGAGUUGUCACUUCACGAAUGCAUUGAAAUUGUGUCCGGGCAAAGAGCCCAAAAACAAGGCGAUUUGUUUGACGGAGAAGCUCUCAAUGAUGAGUUUAGUGAUAUAUCUGACUCAGAUGGCUCUGAGGACCCGAGCUCCAGUGCUAGCGAAGAGGAACCUGUUUCAGAACUUUCCCACUUGUUUUUGGCUAUAACAGAAGCCAUUACAAGUCUUUAUAAGCUGUCCAUAACCAUUAGAAACCCCACUCCUCGCGAUAGAUACGCCAAGGCCGCGUCUUCAACCCCAUUCGAUGCGUCUUAUGACGUGGGCCAUGUGUACGAGAAAUUCCCACAUGUCCGGUCGAAAGCGUGGCUUAUGGACAAAUUGGGGAGGGCAAUCACCAGGAGACGUGAGUUCCUUCGAUACCGGGAAAAGCAUCGGGAGAAAAUUGGCGGCAAUGUCAGACCCUCAACUGACCUUACCGAACAUCAUGAGCUGGCGAUUUCCCGCAAAAACCUCACAUACAAUGAUGCCCAGACCUCAACAGGGGCCCCAGUAAUCGGGUACGAAGCACAUUCUGUGAGUCAUAGCCAAUUUGCAUCGACCAAAGCCACGACGUAUGUGGCCAAUCUUAAUGACGAAAGUCUGGACAUGCGAUCGACUGCAGGCCGCUCUGAGACCUCGUAUGUGACAUCAGUCGCAGAAGAUAAUUCGGAUAACACGAUGCAAAUACCGGACCCUCCGAAAGAAUCGGCGAACGGCAUGCCAUUCGAAUGUCCAUACUGUUUUACGAUUCAGUCCGUCAGAAACGCCAAGCACUGGAGGAAACACCUCUUGAGUGAUCUCAAGCCAUACAUCUGCACUUUCGAAGACUGUUCUGCACAGAUGUUCGAUAGACGACAUAUGUGGUUUCAGCACGAAAUGGACAAGCAUCGAAAACAAUGGCGGUGCAGGUUCUGUUCCUGCGAGCUGUUCGGCUCUGCAGCCUCACUUGAAUCACACUUGCAAGAUCAGCAUUCGGAGUAUACCAGGCAGCAGGUUUUGUCGUUGGUUGCGUUGUGUGCACAAAUGCCUGAGCAUGUCGCCGCCUCGGCCUGUCCAUUCUGCGACUGGGAUGCAGAUUUACGGGAGCAAGCCGUAUCAAAAGAGAACAAGACAGAAAGAGCGCCUUCAGAGUCGAACAUAUUUGCCGUCUCACUUGAGCAGUUCCAGAGACACUUGGGCGAUCAUCUCGAGCAGCUGGCCUUGUUUGCGAUACCACCACCCAUGAAAGAGUUAUCUGGAGCGUCUUCAAACCAGGCCGCGGCAAGCCACAAUAGCAACCAUACGCCUGAUUCAUUUGUGGUAUCGGAGGUAUCAUCCCUGUCAUCGGCCCUUACGGAUCAUGGGUUCCCUCCAGAGUUGUAUGCAGCAGUGAUGAGUGGUAACAUUGGAAGGGUGACGCUGGAACUGCGGAAUGGCGCGGACCUCACACUCCAGUACGGAGAAUUUGGGAAUGUGCUACAAGCUGCUGCUGCAAGCUUGUCUUGGCCCUCCAGAGACGAGAUACUCCGAAUUUUGGUGGAAAAUGGUGCCGAUGCUAACAUGCAAGGUGGCGUUUACGGGAAUGCGCUGCAGGCUGUGGCAGCAGAUCCCAGUAUGUCCGGUCGCCGGCUAUUAGCACUUGGGAUGUUGUUGGACCAUGGCGCAGAAGUCAAUGCCGUUGGAGGGAGAUACGGACAUGCCCUCAUAGCCGCGGCAGCAAUGCCGACGCCUCUUUCACAGAUGCAACACGAGCCAACUUCGAUGGUACUAAAGCUUCUACUAGAUCAUGGUGCCAAUCCUAAUGCGCGAGGGUCCAAAUCAUACGGUAGUGCACUGCAUCAGGCAAUUGAACAUGAUGAUUAUGAAAGUGUACAGUUACUUCUUGACCGAGGGGCGUCCACGACUGUCCAUUAUGAGGACUAUGGAACUCCGGUUCACUAUGCUAUGAAACAUGCCUAUGGGCCAGUAUGGCAGCUCUUACGACAAGCGGCUCUCGAAACGAGUAUUGAACGCCAUUAUGAUAAAGUACGGCUUAGGGCUGCACUCAAGAUACAAAGAAACUUCCAACACCGUCAAAACUCUGGUAAUAGAGCAUUAUCUUCUCAUCUCUCGCAGCGGAAGACAUUCGUCCUCAGGAGCAUAGAGAAUAUAGUGAUAGAGAUCGAAUUCAACGACUUUCAGCUCGGAAAAGCGCAGGAAACUGUCGCUCGGGAAGCGUUCGCAUCUACUCGGACGACUCUGAAGCUGUUGACUGAAACCUUAAUGAAAGUUCGAAAACAGCUCGAGAAUGAUAUCUAUAAUAACGAAGAAUGCCAAGUACUUCAGCCUAUCUUACAAGAGUGCAUGGAGAGGGUUCGCGAGCUUAGACAAUUUCUUUGGACCCCCAGAGGCGGCUUGGGUAGCAUGAGCAAUCUUCUACAUGAAGUAUUGGAGCCUGCACAAGCUGCCCAGCUAGUGGAGAUGAGGUUGCGGAUUCAGAAAGUCACAUCAUUACUGGCCCAAUAUGUCACAACUUCGAAAGCAGCUUUUGGCUUGCUACUUGAAGAUGAUGGAGGGGCACGUGUUCCCCCAUCAAGGCCGGUCGCCGACGUCCCUGAACUCACAAUUACACCCCCAAUUGAUGGUACCGUAGUGCGGCUGAUGACCGGAAAGGCUGUAGCUCUCUUCGAUUUCAAGCCCGAAAACGUAAAUGAGCUACCAUUACACGAAGGUCAAGUGAUUUCGGUCCUUCAGACGUUUGGUGCUGAAAGAGGCCAAGACGACCUUCGUUCCAAAAUCAAAGAAGAGGCUAAAGUCCAAAUGGGGGUAGAGAACAUGUUGGAAGCCUUGAUGCAACGGAAAGCCAGAAAAACAAGUGACCAACGGUUGAAGCUGGAAUCCGAGCUCUCGAAUUCUAACAGAAAGCUUCUGUACCUUAACUCUCAACUUAAGGACAAUCUUGCGCAAUCCGCUUACCAAAUGGCCGAAGGCUGGUUUUUGGGCCAAAACAUUGAGACUGGCAGGGAUGGUUUUAUACCUAAAAACUAUGUGCGGAUUAUUGACAGCCGCAAGGGGUUAGAUAACGAGCAGAGCGAGUCCCACAACAGGUCCACAGGCGAUUUCACUCCCAUCCAGGAUGCUCCACAACCAACAGAACAUAAGGCGCUGGACGAAGAAGAAGAUUAUUGUCCAAUCUGCCAUACAUCGUUUGCGCUGAUAACUGACGGUAGUGAUGAUGUAAGGGAGUCACAUAUUAUAACGUGCAUCGAUUCUCGUAUGCUCAACAUCAAGCUGAGAAAAGGGAUUCUCAAAGCUUCGCUGCCACAAACCUCACGAGGAAACAUUGACCAAAGUGAAGGCGCGGUCAAGAGUGAUUCACCAGGACAGCCAGCCACGCAGACUAAAGGUAAAACGGCUGAAGGCCGCUUGGGCCGUCUCUGGUCAACCGUCAACCCCUCUGCCCGAAUGCGAAAGCAAGGUUUGCAGCUGGACAACUCGACAGGGCUUCUGUUGGAGGAUCAUGCUGUUGCGCUGUUUAACUUUAAGGGUACUCGGUCCGAUGACCUAUCCUUUCGAAAAGGAAAGACCAUUACAAUCACGAAGAGGACGGAGAGUACCCGAGAUUGGUGGACAGGAAAGAUCGGGUCCAGAACGGGGAAUUUUCCUGGGUAUGUAAUGAUCAAUUUUGAUUUCGUUCGAGAUCUAGCGCACCGGCUGACCAUCCAUAGUAAUUUCGUCGAGGUACUACCACCUGGUUUGAAAGAGGCCGACUUGGUCCAAGGCCAGUCUACACCAGGGCCAACAGUCGGUGUUCGUUUUAGUAAUGAGGUCGGAAUCAUGGCUUUCUCUGGAGUCGAACAGCCGUCUACUCUUUAUUAUGGAGUGCCGCUCGAAGAACUGUGUCAGCGCGAGAAGGGACCAGUACCGAAGUUGAUCACAGACUGCAUUGAGGCUGUCGAGUUCCAUGGCAUGGGUCUCAUAGAGGUGUACGGUAAUUUUCAUAUUGACUGGAAUGAAAAUCUAACGGAUGACUUGAAGGCGGAAUAUGACCAACAUCCCGAAUCCCUAUCCCUGCAACAGCAAAUCCGCAUCUCUAACAACAUCGAAUACGUAACACACCUUCUCAAGAACUUCAUUUGGCAACUCCCAGGCUUAUUGAUACCUCGCGAAAGCCUUGCAAGAUUCGUACGCGCGGCGCAAUUCGUCGCGAGGCAGCGGAUUGACCACUUUGGAUACGAAAAAGGCGAAGGCCAAGCUACCACUGAGUUGCAAGCGACCAUCAGGUCGCUCCCGCAAGUCAACAGGAACGUCUUCGAAUUUCUCAUCCUCCAUUUCAAGCGCGUCACCGAUAGGGCAUACCAGAACACCAUGACGAGUGACAAACUCGCCGUUGCACUCGCCCCGUCCUUCAAAGGCGGCGUCGACUCGGGCGCUGGACCCAAACUACCCCUCGCCGAUCUCUCAUGGGCUCUUGAGUACAUAAUCCGCCGAGGCGAUUUCUGGUUCCGCGACCUGGAAAAGCCGUGGGGCGUAUUCGAGUGA